GUUUACUAUAUUGACGUAUUGCCUUUUGACGCUUCGUGUUUGAUAAUUGUCUCACAAUGUUUUAUUUGUAAUAGUUUAAUUUACUCUAAUAUUUAGCAAAAUGAUCAAAGCAAUAUUGGUUUUUAAUAACCAUGGAAAACCUCGGAUGUCAAAAUUUUAUCAGUAUUUCAAUGAAGACAUGCAACAGCAAAUAAUAAAAGAGACUUUUCAGUUGGUGUCAAAGAGAGAUGACAACGUUUGCAACUUUCUGGAAGGUGGAAGCUUGAUUGGUGGUUCAGACUACAAACUGAUAUACAGACACUAUGCCACACUCUACUUUGUGUUCUGUGUCGAUUCGUCCGAGUCGGAGCUGGGAAUCCUAGACCUGAUACAGGUGUUUGUGGAGACACUUGACAAGUGCUUUGAAAAUGUUUGCGAGCUGGAUCUUAUUUUCCACGUUGACAAGGUUCACUACAUUCUGAACGAGCUGGUGAUGGGGGGAAUGGUGCUGGAGACCAACAUGACUGAGAUAUUGACGCGAAUAGAAGACCAGAACAAGCUAGAGAAGCAGGAGGCGGGCAUCGCGGCGGCCCCCGCCCGAGCCGUCUCCGCGGUCAAGAACAUGAACAUCCCGCAGCAGCUCAAGGACAUGAAGCUGCCCGACCUGCCGCAGGCCAUCAAGGACCUGAAGUUCUGACCGCGGGCCGGGGAGCCGGGCGUCUGACGGGCGCCCGCGGCCCCCCCGCUGCCCCCCGCUGCCCCCGCUGCCCCCCGCGAGCGUUCCUGUGCGUACUGCCGGCGCUCGCUCGCCUCCAGGGCUGAUGCUGCACACUUCAGUGUGUGUGUUUUUUCUAUGUAUGAUCAUAUUGUAAAGGUUUUUUUUUUUUAAUUAUUAAAUUUUUUUUUUUUUGUUAUUUGUUUUAGUUGUGAAUGUAUGACAGAUCAGAUGUUUACAUGUUGUUAAUAAAGUGUUACCGUGUAUGAAAAUACUCAAUAUAUGCAUUUAAAAGGUU